CGGGAUUAGAAGAACUUGUUACACAAUAUUGAGAUAUAUGUCGAGAUUACAUCUCGCAUUCUGCAUUUGCCCCGCUGCAUAAAAUUUACUACGGGCCUGUACACCCUGAAGGCAGCAUCCUUAGGAUAACGCCCUUAAGUCACGUCGGCGGAAUCACAUCUUUAACCUCGGCAGCAUCUUCUAGCUAGUGGAGAACAUCAUUUACCUGCUUCGCCUAGCCCAGGCUGCUUUGGCGUCUUAACCAUCACUUUUGGCAUUACUUCUAUUGCACCAUCCAUGUGAGAUUGUGUCAAUCAUCGAAACCUUGAAAGCCAGUCCCUAUCUGGGCGCGGGGGUUAUUCGCUCUUCCUCGACGCCUUGAAAUCAAACCCGGCGUUAUCAAUCAUGGCAGAGUCUGUUGAGCACAUUAUCUCUUUAUCAUCCCAUCUGUGUUCACAAGAUCUCCUUUCAGAAAAUGAUUAUCAAUGCCGGGUGCAGGAGUUGAUCGCUAUUCUUCGGCGAUCAAGUCACAGCCUUCUUAGCGAUAGUGUCUUAACUGAUCUGAGUCCCCACGAGCACACUUUACCCUACUUAUUCGUGUUGCUGUAUCAGAUUGACUUGGCACGCAGCAGAACAAGAAGUGCUUUACCAGACGACAUCAAGCCCGGUGGCCGGCUAUGGUUUCCAGCCGUGCAGUUUCUGGGGGACUUCAAGGGACCUCAGGUUCGUUUCGCGGGCCAUGAAUGGCGUCAACUGGUGAAUAUUAUUCUAGAUGCUGCGGAAUGUGACUCGAAGGCAGUGUUGGCAGUGCGCGUGUUGAGUGAUGCAAUAAUGCGACUUGAUCAAAACGUGUGUGAAUUCUCCUCAUUGCACGCAAGGUUCCUCCGACUGUGCCUUCUAUCGCAGUCUUAUAGCUAUGCAUUGCCCGUACUUGAUAGACACAUAUCCAGUAUUCAUACAAACUUGGAGCAGCCUUCCAGGGGUGGCAACGGAUACCUGCUAGCUUCGAACAGCGGUGCCAACGAUUGUAUCGCAGAGGCACCCGGCAUCUCUCCCAGACUGACACACAAGGAUGUUGCGCAGUACUAUCUCUACGGUGCCAUGAUAUACAUGGCACUUAAAGAGUGGGAUAAGGCCCUGCACUGGUUGAGUGUUGUGAUCUCUUUGCCUGUUGUCAAUUCAGUCAGCAAGAUCAUGAUUGAAGCAUUCAAAAAAUGGGUGCUUGUGGGCUUACUGAGACACGGAAAGCUCGUUACUGCUCCGAAGAUAAUAUCCUCACACGUGAUGAAGAUAUACCAAGCCGUCGCAAGACCCUAUCUUUCCCUCGCAGAUGCUUUUGAAAAAUCGGAUGAGCAGAGAUUGCGGACUGAGGCGGACUUAGGGAAAUCGGUUUGGUGUGCUGAUCUCAACUCUGGCCUUGUUCGCCAGCUUUUCCAGGCCUAUGACAUGUUUCUUGUACUCAAACUUUGCAGGGUUUUCUCGGCCCUGACAACAAAAGAUAUCGCAGGAAGAGCGGCGUCUUCGGGUUUGGAUUCACCAGCAAAGAUUGAGAAUUUGAUUGCGUUUCUCGUGAUGUCAGGAGUGCUCGACGCACGACUGUUACAAAAGCCUUGUGAUCGAUCUUUCAGCAUGUUGCGUUUACCUAAGUCGACACAGCCUCAUUAUUGCAAUCGAAGCAAAAUGAGGGUUGGGCUAGUGACAAAAAGCCAUGCACUUAAGGUAUUGACCUACAACAGUGAGGAAUGUAACAAUGAGUUAAAGGUAGGCCGUGAGAACAUCGAUCUCGUUGUGAGAUGCCAGGGGUGGUCUGGUGUUACAGGAAAAGGAAGCAGUAAGGGCAGUAUCGAUCAUGCUGCUUUUGGGGUUGAUGAAGACAUGAUGGGAGAUCUCAGCUAGAUUUCCAUCAUCCUUAAGUAGCAAUUUCAAGUAUCAAUAUUCUAUCAUACAUUCAAUGUAAAUUGUUAUGUAG